GUUCCCGCGUGUGUUUGUGUAACAUGUUAGGAAAUGCAUUCAAUGCCCUCUGAUGCAAUGACAGGACUGUGUCCAUGGCGGGACAUCUGAAGAAACAGCUGAAAGAAGCAGUGAAGGUUAUCGGCUCAGGUAGCCUUCUCUUUGCCUCUUACCUCACUGCUGUUGGGGAUGAGCGUUUCUAUGCCAACCAGCUGAUGCCCUUGCUGCAGAGGAUUGUGGGAGCAGAGACAGCCCAUGUAUUGGCAGUGAAGAUGAUCGGUCUUGGUGUGGUUCCUCUGAACCGCUACCAGGACCCUGCAUCAUUGGAAGUGAAUGUCCUCGGCCUCAGGUUCAAAAACCCGAUAGGGAUUGCAGCUGGCUUUGAUAAGCACGGAGAGGCUGUAGACGGGUUGUACAAAGUGGGUUUUGGCUUUGUUGAAGUUGGCACAAUCACUCCCAAACCUCAGGAGGGGAACCCCAAACCACGUGUGUUCAGGCUCAUUGAAGAUCAUGGUAUUAUUAACAGAUAUGGAUUCAACAGUUGUGGUUUGGCAGAUGCACAGCAGAGGCUGGUGGCCAGAGUAGACGCACAGAAACAGCACAGUAAAGCUGGCCUUCCCCUGGGCAUCAACCUGGGGAAGAACAAGCUGUCCCAGGAUGCAGGAGCUGAUUACCUGGAGGGGGUGAGAGUGCUCGGCCCCCUGGCUGACUACCUGGUGGUCAACGUCAGCAGUCCCAAUACUCCAGGCCUCAGGGAUCUACAGGGGAAGGCUGAGCUCCGCCAGCUCUUACACACGGUGCUGAAGGAGCGUGAUGCCCUGCAGGGAGGAUGCAAACCACCAGUAUUGGUGAAGAUCGCUCCUGACCUCACAGCACAGGACAAACAGGAUAUCGCUGAUGUCGUCACAGAGCUGGGAGUGGAUGGUUUGAUGGUGACAAACACCACCGUCUCCAGACCUGAGACGCUUCAGGAUCCAAACAAGUCUGAGGUUGGUGGGCUCAGCGGCCAGCCACUCAAAGAGCUCUCUACCAGCACCGUGAGAGAGAUGUACAGCCUCACUAAAGGUAAAAUUCCAAUAGUUGGAAUCGGAGGCGUGGCCAGUGGGCAGGAUGCUUUAGAUAAGAUCCGUGCAGGAGCAUCACUUGUUCAGCUGUACACCGCUCUGACGUACCAGGGUCCGCCUGUUGUGACGAAGAUAAAGCGGGAAUUGGAACAACUACUUAAAGAGCAGGGUUUCAGCAGUGUCUCAGAGGCUGUGGGAGCAGAUCACAGGGGAGCAGAUGUGUCGACUUACAAAUCGAUCCUCCUGAAAGAGAUGGUGAAUGUAGAAAAAAGCUCAGCUCCCCUAGCUGCCUUCUCUUCAAACUAGCAGCAUGAUCCACCAGUUUAUCUACACUGUGAUGACUGCAGCUUAUUAAUGAUUGUCCAUCCGUCCACUGAUGAAAGAGAGGUCUGAACUGGUCAGUGUUAAACCCAUGUGUUUUUUAGUAUUUAUGAUGAGGAGUGCAAUUGCUGAACACACAGAAUCUCAGCUUCUGUCCUGAACUUGAACAAGAUAUGGAGGUAAAUAAUGAUCUGACAUUUAGAGGGUUAAGAAACUGAGGUUUGUUUGUGACUUUGUUAAAGACAUUUGUUGUUUUGUUACAGUGUAACAGCAGUGAGGAAUAUAAUGUGCAUGUACAUACACCAAAGUGCUUCAAACACUAGUUGAUUUAUUAUUUUAAACAUGCUGAUGGUUAAAGAAAAUAAUCUGAUGUUAUACCAUGUGGAUAAAAUACAAAACCUGGUUAGAUUUCAGCAUUUUAUGAAUACUGUAAUACAGGUGUUAACAUACCAGCUCUCUUUGUAUUGUCCUUGAAAGACUUUAAAUGUCAUGUUUACUCAUACAUGAAUGAAUGGAGUCAAACACCUCGAUGAAGACAGAACCAGAGAACAAGUAUCACCUUAAAUGUCAUUCAGGUGAAAGAUGAGGGUAUUUAUUUCCUUUGUCUGAUGAGAACGGACCUAAAGCAGAACCUUCCAUUAUGUGUUUCUCCCUGUUGCAAGGUACAAUAUUUGUGAAGUUUUUAAUAGGAAAUGUUGGCAAAAGAUGAACACGCGGAGGGAUGUCUUGGACCUUGAAACCAUGAUGCUAUAUUUUCAACUAAAACAUGUUUGUUUUUUUAUAUUCACCUCCCUGUUCACAAAAAGUAACAAAUCAACACUAAAUGGAAAAAUAAAAGCUCUUCUAAACAAGAGACAAUAAUAAUAAUGAGAACAAAGGCUUGGCGGCACAGUACCUGGCUGCUUAGUAUGCUGUUAGGAGAUGUAAGACCUGAGGGUGUGCCAUUUCAUGAUCUUUUAUCGUAACUUUUUUGUUUUCACUUCAUUUCAGGUAGAGAUAGAGAGAGCUGACAAAUGAAUCCUCAGUGUUCUGUAAAUAAAAUAAAUUAUGUGUUCAAAGUGGAAAAUCAAACAGCUAUUGUAGCCUGUUUCACAACAUGAAAAUAAAUUAUAGUGCUUUUCAAGAA